GGCGGUUACCACAUGUAUCGCGAGAUGAUAGAUUGGCUAGGAAGGCCGGUUCGUAGUGUUCCAAGGCAGGCGUUGCCUCCGCUGAAGGUGUUGAUUUCAAGGAAGGUGAAGGAGGUGGUCGAGGCCAAGUACACGAGCGCGGGGGCAGUCAAGGGGAGGUACAUUGUGAUCCAUGGCAUCAAAUCAGAUUCAAAGGCCUCAAUGCAGAGCAAGGGAGAUACUGAUAGCUUGCUGCCUAUUGAGAUAUGGGAUGACAUAGCUAGUGCCAUAAGUGGACUCACUCCAUUGUUCGUGAUCCCGCACGAGAAAGAGCGGGAAAAUGUUGAAUAUGUUGUUGGAGAUGAUGCUAGUAUAGUGUUCAUUACCACCCCAGGGCAGCUUGCUGCUUUGAUUAAUGAUUCGGCGGGCGUGAUAUGCUCCAACACAGCUGCUGUACAACUAGCGAAUGCGCGCGAAAAACCAAGUAUCGCGUUGUUUUGCUCGGAAGAUAAGGCUAAGGUGUUCGUCCCCAACGCGGAAGAGAAGAGGUGCGCUGUUAUAUCGUCAAAGACGGGAAAACUUGUGGAUAUAGAUGUUGAAGCCGUUAAGACUGCAGUUCAGAUUUUCAGCUUGCCUUUGGCUAUUGCAUAGCUAAAUUCUAACAUGCCACAUUCAUUUUCUUACAUUUAAGAAUCUGCAUCUGCUGCUUUUAUUAAGAGUUGAUCAUAGAUAAUAUAUGUAUAUUUCAAUUAUCAAAUAAAAGAUAAAUUUCUUGCCUUUGA